GAGUCAUGCAGUGAGUUUAUUCGCAAAGUUGCCAUGGUGUCCGCAGCCGUCGCCUAUAUCUGCCUCAUCGCGACGCUCCUCGCCGUCGCCGCGUACGCCGUGUACAUCACGUACCGCGCGCCCGUCAAGAACGUCGCCACGUACAUCAGUGCCAAGAAGUCGCAAACGCCGUGGGUCCUUGGCUGGUGUAUGUUCUCAUCCGGCAUGGGCUCGUGGGCACUCUUCUCGUUCCCGGACACGGCAGCGUCCGUCGGCACGUGGGGCCUCAUUGGCUACUGGCUCUCGAUCGUCCUUGGCUACGCCGUCCUCGCGAUUGCCGGCCCUGCCAUCUCGGACAUGCUUGGUGAUGGUAUCACGCUCAGCGACUAUGCGGCGCGGCGCUUUGGCGUCGUGCAGCAGAUGUACGUGGCGCUGAUCUCGCUCUUUUACCAGCUCAUUUCGAUCGCGGCCGAGCUCACGGCCAUUGGGACGCUCAUGUCGCUGCUCGCGCCCGACACGCACACGCUCGUCUCGGUCGUCCUCGUCGCGGUCAUCACGUGCUGCUACACGCUCUUUGGCGGCAUCAAGGCCAGUAUCGCGACGGACGCUGUCAAGGGCGGGUUCAUCCUCGUGCUCAUCAUUGUGGUGUGCAUCGCCAUGUUCACGUCGGUCUCGAUCCCGGAAGGCUCGUGGGCCGAGACGGGCGUCGCGGACUUUACGGUGCUGGGCUUUGAGGCUGUGAUCACGCUCGUCGUUGCGGUCGUCUCGUCCAACCUCUUCUUGACGGGCUUUUGGCUGCGCACGUUUUCGGCCAAGACGUCCCGGGACUUGCACAUCGCGUGCGGCUUUGCGGCGCUCGUCGCGACGCCCUUCAUUGUGCUCCUCGGCGUCACCGGCAUGGUCGGCCGCAUCUUGCACGCGGAAGCGACCGACUCGUUCUUCUUCCAGAUCCUCCUCAACAUGAACGAGGCGUGGAGCAUCGUCGUGCUCAUCGUCAUUGCGGCGCUGGUCUCGUCGACGGCCGAUACGAUCCAGACCGGCAUGAGCGCCGAGAUUCUGACCAACUUCCAGUCGCUCUCGCUCACGCAAGCCCGCGUCAUCUCGAUUCUCAUCAACAUCCCCGCGAUCGCGAUUGCUAUGACCAACACGAGCGUGCUCCAGCUCUUCUUGAUCGCCGACUUGCUCUGCGCGGCGACGGUCGGGCCCAUCUUCCUCGGUCUCUGGGAGCGCUGCCACCCGACCGCCGUCAUUGUCGGCUGCAUCAGCGGUCUCCUCACGAUUUUCGUGUCGGGCUGGGCGCGCGACGGUGUCUUUGUCGACGGCUUUAGCGAGUUUGUCCUCGCCGAGGGUCUCUUUACCGAGCACUCGAUGAUCCUCUUCCUCGCUGCGCUCAUCGUGCCGGUCAUCGUGACCGUCGGCCUCUCGCUCGUGCUCAAGCCCGUCCCGCGCAAGGCGCCGUUGCUGCAGUCGCCGACCGAUUUUGCCGCGGCCAAGUCGCCCGAGCUCGUCUAAGAAGCGCUCGACUGCGAAUACAACCUUGUGUUUUCUGCGUUAUCCAAGA